AUGGCGGACGAAACCGAGCUCGUCCCGCGACGAGUAGACCAGGGCAUCGGUGAGCAAGGAAUGCUCAAUGAAAAUGAAAUGGAAUGGGAAUUGUACUGCCACCUAAUUUUGCUAAUAGCAGCAAGCAAAGGCAAUGAUCAGACCUACUACCAAUCUGGCAUUGUCCGGCCACCUGUACAACUGGGCGUCGAAUAUCGCGCAUUUCGACCAUCUCUAGUGGAUGAUCUAAGCAAUGUAGACCUGCGAACAGCUCCCUCGAAAUGGUGGCAUUUGGCAACGCCGACGCAGCUCAGAAGGCUCUGCAGCUCAGCGGAACUCCUGUUUCCAACACCGAUAGCGUCUUCUGAUUGGACUGGUCCACCGGGUCAUGUCCUGGACGCAUUUCGAGCCGACGGCCGCCAGCUCGUGACGACGCAAGGGCCCAGGUUGGCUGAUGACGGGACUUACGAAAAGUUCGGCACUGUCCAUGCCUCCACUGAUACUUUAGAAUGGGGUGGUCUGAAGAUAUUUCGGCGCACAAUAUACCACAAGAUGGCUGUCCUGGACGUGAGUCAAAACGUUGAUCGAUCCAAAAACAGCCUGGGUAUUCUUCCUUGUAUCACACCAGAGGGUGCGACUUCGCGACCAAUCGUCAAGAAGGACCCUGAUACUGUUGGGGGUAUCCCCAAGGACGGGGUUCUGGGAACCCUCACAGUUGGGGCGGAUGACCACGUCUCCAUGGACGGUGAGGUGGUGGCCCGCUUGGCCGACAUUGACAUACCCGAGCUCCACCCCCGUAUGUGGAAGGAUGAAAAACUGGCAAUCCGACAACAUGUAAGCGACAUCUACAACCCGGGAAACCCGCUCUGGGCGUACGAGGAACUCCACGAUGUCGAGAAACAGGUUACGGACGACGUAGCUACCUUCAAGCUACCGGCGAUAGACGGGUCUAUCGUCGAGCUCCCGAACACCUUCCACGGCGACAAGAACGUGGGUCGAACUUUCUGGCUGCGUCGGUCUUACUAUGCGGUUACGGAGUGGGCCAAGUACGGCGUCGCGGACGAGGCCAUACGGGAGAUCGGCCGGGAGUUGGGCUGA